AGGGUCUUUUAUUUUGACACUGGUUUAUAUGUUGUGAAUUCACGUGACUGCUACUUUCAGUCAAACAUGGCUUUUCUUACAGAGGAUCAAUUCACUGCUUUGCAACUGCUGUUAAAGGCUCCGUCUAAAGAUGUUGUGCGGCAGAUCUGCGCAGAGAGUUACCCAGCCGGAGCCUCCAAGCGCCAGUCUGCAAUUGAACAAACUGCUCAUUCUCUCUCUGUGUCCAAUAGUGAAGCAAUACAGUUGCUGACAGCUUUUCACGCACUCUCGCAUCAUGUUGUGUACCAGAAUCUAACAUCUCCUGAUCAGAUCCUGUCAAUUUUCCCAGAAUCAUUCCACUCAAACCUAAAGAAUCUGAUCACCAAAAUUAUCUUGGAAAACAGUGUCACAUGGAGAAAUGAUGCUUUGUCCAGUCAAAUUUCAUUGCCAAAGCUGGAGGAUAUGUCGUGGCGAGUGGACAUGAAAACUGCUUCGGACUCCUUGAGUCGCAUGGCUGUGCCAACCUGUCUGUUGCAAAUGAAACUCCAGGACACUCCGUGCAUUAGCGGCGGUCCAAGUGAGUCCACAAUUACAAUGGAGCUGAGCAGAGAGACACUGGACACCAUGAUAGACGGUUUGGGUCGCAUCAGGGACCAGCUGACUGCAGUGGCAAGGAAGUAGAGCAGAAUGACAGAUGUCGCCCCCACACCUUUCUGUGGACAUUCCGACAAAUACUGCUGGACUUUUGGAUGCAAAAACACAACAACAAAACAAUGGACGUUAAAAAAUAAAGAACUGAUUGAAUUAGUUUGUUCUUGUUUUGAUAUGUGAUUUGUUUAAUGUUUAUAAUCUUUGUUAAAAAAAAGUUGUCCCUUACAGACAUUUUUUUUCCCAUUCUAGAAGUACUUUUUAUGGUCAUGGAAAGUUUUCACAGAAGAAAAUGCUAAGCUAGUUUGCAAGUUUGUAAUAAAUUCACAUAAUGCAACUGCUUAGGUAUUAUAUCACUUGUUAGGAAACGAUAAAUAAAAAUCUGUCAAACAGUU